AUGUUGGGGAAGCGAUCUGCCAACGACUGCAGCGGACUUGAAAAGGCGCAACCUUCCAUUAACGGCCGAGUCAGACCGGAUCAACCCGAUCCGCCUCAGAGGUUCCCCGGCAGCCCGUCGGACCCCGGACCGCCCUGUGGCAGCGCCGCCAUCUGCCACACGACCCCGUCAGGUCUGAGCCACGAGCGCCGGCCUCUCCAGACCCCGUCAGGUCUGAGCCACCAGCGCCGGCCUCUCCAGACCCCGUCAGGGCGGAGCCGCCAGCGCCGGGCCUCUCCAGACCCCGUCAGACCCCGUCAGGGCGGAGCCGCCAGCGCCGGGCCUCUCCAGACCCCGUCAGGUCUGAGCCACCAGCGCCGGCCUCUCCAGACCCCGUCAGGUCUGAGCCACCAGCGCCAGCCUCUCCAGACCCCGUCAGGUCUAGGCCACCAGCGCCGGCCUCUCCAGACCCCGUCAGGUCUGAGCCACCAGCGCCGGCCUCUCCAGACCCCGUCAGGUCUGAGGCACCAGCGCCGGCCUCUCCAGACCCCGUCAGGGCGGAGCCGCCAGCGCCGGCCUCUCCAGACCCCGUCAGGUCUGAGCCACCAGCGCCAGCCUCUCCAGACCCCGUCAGGUCUGAGCCACCAGCGCCGGCCUCUCCAGACCCCGUCAGGUCUGAGCCACCAGCGCCAGCCUCUCCAGACCCCGUCAGGUCUGAGCCACGAGCGCCGGCCUCUCCAGACCCCGUCAGGUCUGAGCCACCAGCGCCGGCCUCUCCAGACCCCGUCAGGGCGGAGCCGCCAGCGCCGGGCCUCUCCAGACCCCGUCAGACCCCGUCAGGGCGGAGCCACCAGCGCCGGCCUCUCCAGACCCCGUCAGGGCGGAGCCGCCAGCGCCGGCCUCUCCAGACCCCGUCAGGUCUGA